AUGAGCUCCGAGGGUGAAGACCGAGGCGCAGCCUGGGGGGUUGCAGAAUCGGAUGGCGACUUGACCAAUGCACCCGGCCAGGACGAAGCUAAUGCCCCCCGCGGCGCCAACGAAGCGAGAGAAGGUGGCCCAAUUGGCAUAGCUCCUCAGCCCCCGCAGGGAAUGCACGGUCUGUGGGCUCGGGCAGCCUCAGGGCCCGAGAUCGGAGCCCCGGCACCACAAAUGCUGCAGUACACCCUCACGGUGCCUUUCCGGACCAAUGUGGAGGCAGAGAUAGCCCGCGGAUCCCUGGUCCGCCAGAUGAAUAUCCAUGUGCAGGUGUACGCGGAGAUCAUGGUGACCGGCAAUGUUCUGGCUAUCCGUCUGAUUGCUGAAGACCCGGUCGAGCUCCGGAUCUGCAUCACCCACUGCCUGGACCACCUCUCCAUGGUGGUGCGGGCCCUGCAGCCCUUUGUGCCCCCGUUUGGCUGCAGACCUCGACGUGGAGAAGGCUUCUGA